GAUGAGUUUAUCUGCUGGCUGAGGGAAGCCCUGGAGACCCACAGAGAACUGGACGCCACCCAAAGCUGAAAUGGACAGCCUCAAGCUCUACCUGGAGACCACCUGAGUUUCAAGUUGAACGUGGACAGUCACUGCUCCCUGAAAGACUGUGUAGUGGAGGAAGGCAGGCAGCUGCUGGAAAUCAUCCUCUCCCACGGCCUGAGGAACAUGCUCCAGAUGGUCGUACACCAGUGGCAGCAACUCCAGAGGCAGAUCCGCCGCCAGCACAGCUGGAUGCUGCGGACUCUGGACGCCAUCAAAGCCCACAUCCUGGCCACUGAGGCCGAGGCCUCUCAGGAGGCAGAGACCACUGGCCCGCUGGCCAGCCCAAAGGGGGAGUUUCUGCAGAGCCACUGGGAGGCUCAGAGGGAUGUCCUGGACCAGCUGAGUCUGAAACUGAAGAGCCAGCAGUACUGCACUGGCACCAUCAGGAGGACUGGGAGGGAGUACGCACAGAUGUCCAAAUACAACAGCCUGCAGGAGUUUGAGUCUGACUUCCAGGAGCUCUGGGAUUGGCUUAUGGACAUGGACUCUGUGGUGACGGACAGCCACGAGCUGAGGAUGUCAGAGGAGCAGCAGCAGCAUCUCUACAAGGGGAACAGUGUGGAGAUGAGGAUGUGGCUCCCUAAGAAGACCCACCUCCUGGGCUGGGCCGAGAGCCUGCAGAGGAGCGGAGCACAGCUGCCCCCGGACUUCCACGAGCGAGUCAAUGCCAUGACACACAAAUGGGACCAGCUACAGAAGAUCCUGGGGGAGUCGGUGGGGAGCACCAGUCGGUCCCAGGAGCCUCGCUCUGCCCUGUCCCCCCACACCAGCAGCCUGCUGGGCCAGCUGGAAAGCAGGAUCAAGGAUUUGAAGGUGUGGCUGAGAGACACCGAGCUCUACAUCUUCAACUCCUGUCUGAGACACGACACAGAGCAGGACCUCCGGGUUUCCACCCAGCUGCAGCACUUCAAGUCUCUGUGUCUGGAGGUGUGUGGGAGGCGUAAGGGCGUGUCCUCGGUACUGAGGCUGUCCCAGCGGCUGCAGGAGGAGCAGGAGCAGCAAAGCGGUCCAGACUCAGAGCAACAGGCCCUACAGCUGCAGCUGCUGACCGUCAACCUGGAGCGGCGCUGGGAGGCCAUCGUCAUGCAGGUGCUGCAGUGGCAGACCCGCCUCCGGCGGGCCCUGGGGACAGAUCAGGUCCCGGGGAACAUCGUAGAGGCUGGUCUCAUGGACCUCCACGGCCCAGCCGAGGACUCCUGGGAGUGGGAUGAAAUGGACAUGGCCAUCGUGGAGUACAUGGAGCCACAGGAAUUUGAUGACAAACAAAAUGCUGAAUGUGAAUCAGGUCCUGGAUCCCCUGGGGCUGGUUUAGACUAUGACAUGUCCGAGUCGAGCCCGCGUGUCACUCAGCGAGGGAUGUCCUUGAACGAAUCGUCUAGAAUGACGCCUCUGUCUUCUCACCGUCCCAGUGUCUAUCAGGUGUACAGCCUGCAUAAUGUGCAGCUUUACAGACAGCCUCACUUCCCCUCCGUACACAAGACCUCUUCUCCAGUCAAAGCCGGGGGGAAGCAGCCUCUUCUGAAGAGCCUGAGCAAAGACUCCUCCUUCUCAUCUGUGGAAUCCCUGCCAGACCUCCUAGGGGGUCUGUUUGGCGGGGGAAAGCAGGGGGGACGUGGAGGGGAGUCCCCACGCAGAUCAGAGAGCGAGAGCGGGAUAGUCAGUGAGGGCGAGACAGAGUCUACUGCCAACUCCGUGGUCUGUCUAGAUGACCCACGGAGAGGAGGCAGCACCUACCUCAGACCCCCCCCAGGAGUCAACUCGCCUGGGGAAGACGACGAGGAGGAGGAGAGGUUGUGUGACGAGGACAUUGACAGGAUCCUAGAGCGGGCCAACAGGGUAGCGCUGUAUGGGGACUGUGUGUCUGUGACGGCGCUGAGAGAUCGAGACCAGAACAGAUGCAAAGCAGCGAAGAAGAAGAGAGGUGGAGGAGGAGGAGAGGAGGGAGGUGGAGGAGGGGAGAACCGGAGGAGACACAGGAGAGAGUCCAACGUGGAGAUUCUGAUCAACGGACGUGGCCUCAGCCCUGACUCCGAGGAGGAAGAUGAGAGAAGAGUGACAGGGGUGAAGGGCCUUAGAGACAGAGAGAUCCCCCAUCUGUCCCAAGGGUCCUCCCUGGAGUCCCUGUAUGCAGCGGGGGAGCUAUUUCCAGCCGGCAAAGACACUCUCCAGCGCUCCACGUCUCUGGAGAGCUGGCUGGCUCCAUGUAAGAGCUGGGAGGAGGCCGAAGGAGAAGGAGGCAGCCAGGGCAGCUUGAGGGAGCUGGGCCUGGGCAUCGGAGCCAUAGAGUCCACAGGGGAACUGAGCCGCAGGACUCUGGAGCUCCUCAAACGCCUGGAGAACAUCCAGACCCCGCUACACGACCUAAAGAUGACACGCAGCAUCUCUGACAUCACUCUGCAGAGCAGCAGCUCCCUCUGCCACCCUGGGGUGGGGUAUGGAUCUUGGGGGCCUGGGCACACUGGGUGCCUCUCAGGGGACCGAGGUGGUUCCCCCUCCUCCGUCAAUGAGAGCUCGGCUGCUUCUCUGACAGAGCUGAGCAGCACAGAGGACUCGUCGGUGGGCUCUGAGGACCUGGCCGUACUGAGGAACCGCUGCUACCUGCUGGACUCCAACGCAUCCUUCAGGAAGCAACACCACCGGGCCCAGCCAGGGGGUCACCACGGAGGCCAUGGGGGUCACGACGAGGCAGACGCCAGCAUCAGCAUGGUGGUCAACGUGUCAUGCACCUCUGCUUGCACAGAUGACGAGGAUGACAGUGACCUUCUGUCUAGCUCCAUGCUGACAUUGACUGAAGAGGAGUUGGGUAUCAAGGAGGAUGAGGAGGAGGACAGUGACCUUCUGUCUAGCUCCACGCUGACCCUGACUGAAGAGGAGCUGGGUAUCAAGGAGGAUGAGGAGGAGGACAGCUCAGUCGCCUCUGAGGAGGAGUACAUGGAGGGCUCCUUGGGCCUAGGCAUGGAGUACAUGAAGAACGAGUUCCACAACUGGAUCCACAAUCCUUCCCGCUCCCAGCAGCAGUCCCAGUCUGGCAGGGACAAGAACCAAGGGUAUAACCCUCUAGGGGACGAGCUGCAGUGUGACACCCUAUCCAAAGACCGCACCAACAGGCUGUCUGUAGGCACCGAACACUGCUCCUUCCUAAACCGCUCAGCGCUGAGGCACCUGGAGUCCCAGUCCAACAGCAACGUGAAGAAAGAGUGCCUCGGAAUUCUGCCUGACGUGGUGAACACCAACAGGAAGAACGCCACGCGGAGGUAUAUCAGCCAGUUUGUAGAUGACAUGGAGAACGGGAAUGUGGAAAACUCCCACAUCAAAGGAAAGGAUGAGGAUGAUGAGUUAUUACGAGAGGAGGGGAGCCUUUUCACCAAGAAAGGGGAGUCCUUCAAAAACUGUUAUGUGAACGAGUCAGUGGUGAAUGGAGGGGACCAGCAGAGGGGCAUGGGAAUGGCCACUGCCACCACGCCGUCCUCGUGUGAGACGCUGUCCCAGCUCCAGGCCAAAGAGUCAUCUCUGGAGGGCCAGCUCCGAGGGGAGAUCCCCUGCCACAGCUCCAGCCACCCUUCCCCCUCUCUCUCUCCCCUGGAGGACUGCCGGGGGUCCCACCAACACCACAUCCUGCAGAGACCACCACACUCUGGGAACAACAGCCAGGAGAACCUCUUCUCCUCCUUCCUCAGUGAUGUCCACACCCAGCAGAGCAGGCGAGAGGCCGGCUCCAACCUCGGCCCAGACCCCAACUCAGACCGCCCCUGCUGCAGCCACCCCCACCCCCAGGCACCCCCACGCCAGGACCAAAAGAGCCAGGAGAACGUGCACAACUUUGUGAUGGAGAUCAUCAACAUGGCCUCGGUGGCUCUGAAGAACAAGGAGAGCCAGGCGGAGGACAAAGAAAGACCCGGCCAGACUGGAGCCCAGAUCAGGGACAAAGUCCUGGAGCACUCCCACCGGACCAUCCACCUCCACAAGGGAGACUUCUACUCCUACCUGUCUAUCUCCUCCCACGACUCGGACUGUGGAGAGGUUAGUGCCUGUAUAGACAGCAAGAGCACCACCCCCUUACUGUCGUCUACCCCAGAUAUCAGGGACGAGGAGAUGCUGUUCGAGGCCUGUACUGAGAAAGUGUACCUUGGACCUCCUCUCUGCUACAGCAUGGCUGUCACCAAGAGGCAAAGGAGGCAGAGUCCCAAAUUAACUGACUACUACUCCUCCUCUCCCUCUCCUGCUGCCCAAAGCCAGAUUCAGAGCCAAGCGCCUCUGCCCGCCUGCAAUGAAUACCAAGAAGAACAUGGUAUUUCUCCUGGAAGUAUAGCUUGGAGACAGCUACAGUGCCAUAAUGAGGCUUCUUAUCUUAAUCCGUUACCAUGUGAAACCCUGAUAGACACUGUUGAAUGUUUAGCAGAUACUGAAAUGCUUGAAUCUAACAUUUCCCCUGUAAUGACUAAGAUAAGAGUCUCUUGCUCCAGUACAUAUCCUUUAAAAGAGGAAGGCAGCCUCUGUCCCCCAAUAAGAAAGUGUGAUUCGGAUGAAAAAGGAUCUACUUCACAGUGGAUGAAACAGAAGAAUGUCAGGAAAGGCUACAGCUCUCUUCAGGAAGUCAAGUCAACUCAUAAACAGAAGCAGUCUCCAAGGUCAGGCCAAGGUUGUGGGGAGGUCGGGGGCCGGGGCCCCCGGGGUAGUGGCCCUGUCUCUGACAACUCAUCUGCUUCAAAGACUGGAACUGCCAGGCCCCAGGUCAUGAAAAUGUUCAAUGAUGAGACAUACAGUUGA